AUGACCAACCCCCCCUUCACCGUUCACACCUCGACGCUAUUCGAUCCGAAGAAGAAGGCUUUUGUGUCUAACGUGUCCAUCACGGUCGACCCCAACACCGGCCUGAUUGUCGAUGUGGUUGAGCGGAAGCCCGAUUCUUUGGGCAGCUCUGUUCCGGCCGGCGACAUCGAUCUCCGUGGCAAGGUGGUGUUGCCGGGGCUCGUGGAUGCCCAUACGCAUAUCUUUCUUCAUUCCUACGAUGAACGCCCGUCCCUGACUCAAAAGCGCGAUGAGAGUAUCCCCGAGAGGAUCAUCCGCGCCACGCAGCAUUGCCGCACUGCACUGCUGUCGGGAUUCACGACGUACCGUGACCUGAGCUCCGAGUCGAUGGGAGAUAUGGACGCGCAGAUCCGCGACAGCAUCAACCGGGGCCUGAUCCCCGGCCCGCGGCUCUUCGUGGCAACCCGAGCGCUAUCCAGUACCGGGUCGUACGAGCUCCGGACCGAGAACCACGCCAACGGGGUCUGCUAUCCUCGCGGCGGCGAGGCGGUGGACGGGGUGGACGAGAUCCGCACAGCGGUGAGGAGGCGCAUCGCGGCCGGGGCCGACCUGAUCAAGUUCUUUGCCGACUAUCGACGCCGCAUCAUGCGGUACCCGCCGGCCCAGCAACACCCCUACAUUCCGAGUCCGCUGCACCCGCCCGCAGAUCCGAACCCGGACAUUGUGGUGUUUGCCCAGGAAGAGAUGGACAUGAUCGUCAAGGAGGCCGCCCUGGCGAAGGCCCCCGUGGUGUGUCAUGCCGGCACCAUCGAAGGCGCGCUGAUGGCGGUCCGGGCCGGCGUGGCCACCCUCGAACACGCCUACUAUGCCAACGAGGAGCUGUUCAGCCUGAUGGCCGAGAAGGGCUGUGUCUUCGUGCCCACCCUCGCCGUCUGCGAGCGCGUGCACGCCAAACGCUUCGGCGAAAUCUUGGCCCAGUCCGCCCUGGCCAUGAAGCUGGGUGUGCGCUUCGCCGUCGGCGGAGACACGGGCACCUACCCCCACGGUCAGGGCGUGCGGGAGUUGGAGCUUUUGAUCCAGGCCGGCAUGUCUUUGGAGGACGCUCUCGAGUCCUGCACCGUCGGCGGCUGGGAGUCUUGUGGGAAGGACCUCUGUGGCAUGCGCUUUGGCUGGUUUGAAAAGGGCCUGCGCGCCGAUCUCAUCGCCUUGCGCACCGACCCUCGAGUGGAUGACAAGGCUUUACGCCGCGUCGACUUUGUCAUGAAGGAUGCCACGGUGUACAAGCAGCAUGGGAAGGCCGUAGGAAUGAUUGCCGACGACCACGUGUGGGAUCGAUGGUGA